AAAACGUUUGUAUCUUUUUAUCCCCUGUUUCCGGAACUGCAAUGGCGGGAUCUCCACUCGUCGAGGACAAUGGAGUUCGCUGUGCCGUUCAAUAAUAGCAGUAUUCUACCCUCACUGCAUUUUGCUUAUUAGAGAGGAACCAGGAGACUCGACUCAUGUUCCCUUAACUUAGUAGGAGGAAGGACUUUGUCGGCUAGUGGGUGGAAACAGAGAAUCUACAACACCGAAAGAAGGUUCCUCUUCAUUCCUCAGUCUUCUACUCAGUACACAUUAUAUCCUGCUCAUCAUCCAUUUACGAUGGGUGCCACAGAAUCUGUCUUUUAUGAGGAGGGACAACCUCCAACGGGAUCACAUCGACAAUAUUCCCCCGGCCCUCGUCCCGGUCGUCACCCAGGCGGUCGACAAACGAAUGCUCAAGCCGGUAGAAGGCCCACACAAAAAAGGGCAAGGCCACCCACAACUCCCGUGAAAACACUGGAAGGCGUCAUCUUGGGGCUGCCAAAGGUCGGAAAACGUACACUUCUCGAAAGACUCAAGGGGAGGGAUCCAUUCGACAAUGACGAACUUCAAAAACCACAACAAUCGCCAGAGCAAAACUCAACUAGGGCCAUCAUACCCUAUCAAGCCCCUGAUGGAUUUUCGCUGAUGGAAAGAGUUCAAGUCAAGGUUGAAGCCACACAGGAACUCUAUCAGAACAUGGAGAAUCGCCUUGAUUUUGUCAUUGUUUUGGUCAAUCCAAAAGAGGACCCGCGUCAGGUUCAAAUACACAUUGCCAAGAUCAUUUCAGACCUGAUACAAGUCCAAAAAAUGGCAAUAGAACAGCAACAAUGCGAUCCUUCGACGUUAGCACUGCGAAUGUGUUUCCUGGUCAACUUUCGGGAUGUCCACAAUAGUAAGAAAAAGGGUGGGAUCCAGGAAGGAGAGAUACAACAAUUGAUUAUAGCAUUACUGCAACAAUCUGCGGAACAGAUUCUGAACCCACAGCAAGUUCUGAUUCAAUUUGGAACCAUAUCAUUGUACAAUUGCUACGGUUUGAGCACUCUACAUCAAUUCCUUUUUGAUACUUUCAUGCACAUAAAACGAAAAGAGCUUGAAUUUCAGCUCACAUUGGUCGAUGAACAGUUGGCCAAAUCACGGGAAGUUCCACGUGUGAAAUACAAGGACUUUCUCAAAAUGGUCAAUCAGGCUGAAGAUUACUCAGAAGAUCCACAACCUCCUCCCCCUUCCUACAAGGGACCCAAGCCACCAAAAGCUAGUCGUCACAAGCCGCAAUUGCAGCAACUUGCUGCCAACGGGGUUGCCAAUGGAGCUGGACCAAUGGUUAAUUUGGAAGGGGCUGCGAGCAGCACAGAUGAUUCAGCGGGACGAAGAAGAAACAUCCUUAAUGUGCAAGAACAAGCCCCUCCCUCAACGAUUGACCAAGUAGCACCAACACCCGGAAACACCAGGGAUGCAUUGGAAGCAUUUUUGGCAAGUGACGACGAGGACGAACCAGCAGCUACAAAGGCAACAAUCAAAUCACAAACCUCCAGAGACGAUAGUGACGAUGACGAUUUCUUCUACGAUGAGGAAGCGUUGCAAGACCUGGACAAGUCAACACAAGAGGAAGAAACACAGUCGCCACCGAACACCAACUCUCGUGGUUCUUACCGACGUGAACAAGCCAAACCUGAAGUGAUAAAAGAGGAAGAUGAGGACGAGGUGUCGUCUACUGGUAGUCAGGCAUCGAAGGCUGAACCUGGCAUUCAGGAUGAGCACGAGUCCGAGCACGAGGAGACUCGAGCUGUCGACAAUGAGAACACUCAAGCUGCCGCAGUCACUCCGGACCAGGGCCGCUCUGAGGAAACAGUCAAUGGCGAUAGUGAAAAGGGUGCAACAGCAGAGCCCAAAGUUGAGGGUGGCGACCAUGAUUCCUUUGGAGACCCUUGCGAGGGUGACGACGACACCAAGGGGGAACCCAAUGGAGGUGAUCAAGUGCCCGACGGCGUACCUGGCGGCCAUGGUGACCAACCAAGCAGCAGGGAAACUGAAGAAGACGACGACAACAGUGCAGAGCAUGACGGCACUGCUGAGCCUCCGAAUGCACAGAAUGCCGAAGCUGAUUCUAUAGAAGCAAAGGAAGGCGGAUCUGCAGAAAAGAUCCCUGAGACAACCGCAACCGAGGAGCCAGAGGCCGACACCGGCCAAGCUAGAAAGAGUGAUGAUGCUGACGAACCGCCUAAUCGUGGCGAAGGAGAAGCUGAUACCCCCAAAGCAGCAACUACUUUUGACGAAGACGAUGAUGAUUUCUUUGUGGAUGACACUGAGGUGAAGCAAAGUGAAGUUGAUCAAGCAGCAAGUGUGGGCAGCAUCAACCCUCUACCUGACAAUGCAGGCAAUGAUGACGAGGAGUUCUUUGUCAGUGAAGCAGACGACGGUGACUACGCAGCACCAGUGGCGCCCAAGCCGGUGGCGGCCUCGCAAAACGACAGCGACGACGAGGAAUUCUUCAUUGGUUCAGAUGACAAUCAAAAGGAUCAGGAGCCGAAGGCUGAGAACGACAGGGCACCAGACGUCGAAAAAGAGGCUGGCGAUGAGGUCCAAUCGUCGUCGCAGACUCCAAAAGGAGAAGUCUCGGAAGAAGCUAAUGAUGUUUCACAAGCUGCACCACCGGUUGAAGACCCAGUCGAACAAGCUGCACCACCGGUUGAAGACAAAGAUACUGGUUCUGAUAUUGGAACCGAAACCAAUGCAACAGCGGCACAAGGCUCGACACUCAGCGCCGCGGCUCAUGCUGCCAUUGUGGCCGCGCAAAAGGAAGCCGAGUUGAUGCUGCUGCAAAGCCAAACGGUCAAACCCAGCAAGGGGGAGAAGAAGGAAAAGAAGAAGAAGAAAGAGGCCAAGAAACACGCCAAGGCAGAGAAGAAGGAAAAGAAGAAAGAGAAGAAGGCAAAACGUGUUGCUUCCGAAGUGGAAGCCAAUGACUAGACUAGUUAGCUUCCAGCCACAGCAUACAGGUAGUGCCUAUUCAAUCCCAUCCAAGUUGAGAUGUAGAUAUUCUUCCUAGACUUUAGAUCUUUCUUCCAGCGUU